AUGGACUGUUUUCAUCAUAACAGAGUGAAUGCUUGUCCAGUGGAGUCCUGCUUGUAUGCAGACAGACAAGGACUGGGAGAAGCCUGGGGCCACUCCAGCCGCACCAGCCCGCUGGAUAAUGUCGGACGGGAGCUAGGAUCGCAUCUUUUGCAGACGCUGGACGGUUUCAUAUUCGUGGUGGCUCCGGAUGGGAAGAUCAUGUACAUCUCGGAGACAGCCUCGGUGCACCUGGGCCUGUCUCAGGUAGAGCUGACCGGCAACAGCAUUUACGAGUACAUCCACCCCGCCGACCACGACGAGAUGACGGCGGUGCUUACGGCCCACCAGCCCUAUCACUCCCACUUCGUGCAGGAGUAUGAGAUCGAGCGGUCCUUUUUCCUACGGAUGAAAUGCGUACUGGCCAAGAGGAACGCGGGGCUGACCUGCGGGGGAUACAAGGUCAUCCACUGCAGUGGCUACCUGAAGAUUCGCCAGUACAGCCUGGACAUGUCACCUUUCGACGGCUGCUACCAAAACGUCGGUUUGGUCGCCGUGGGCCACUCGCUGCCGCCCAGCGCCGUGACAGAGAUCAAAUUGCACAGCAACAUGUUCAUGUUCCGGGCUAGCCUGGACAUGAAGCUCAUCUUCCUAGACUCCAGGGUGGCUGAGCUCACCGGCUACGAGCCCCAGGAUCUGAUCGAGAAGACCCUUUACCAUCACGUACACGGCUGUGACACCUUCCACCUGCGAUGUGCACAUCACUUGUUGCUGGUGAAGGGCCAGGUGACCACCAAGUACUACCGCUUCCUGGCCAAGCACGGCGGCUGGGUGUGGGUACAGAGCUACGCCACCAUCGUGCACAACAGCCGCUCGUCGCGCCCGCACUGCAUCGUCAGCGUCAACUACGUCCUUACGGAUACUGAAUAUAAAGGACUACAGCUCUCCCUGGAUCAGGUCACAGCUACCAAGCCGUCAUUCUCAUACGCAAAUUCAACUCCGACCAUAACGGAUAAUAGGAAGGGAAGCAAAUCUCGCCUCUCGAGCACAAAGUCAAAAUCAAGGACAUCACCGUACCCACAGACAAAGAAGACUGUCGAGGCUGGGGUCGGGGCUGCGUUGCGGAUGCUCACGGAGGGACUGGGAACUCCGAGACCCGCGGGGCUGUCCGCGUCUCUCGGAGCCUUCCGCCGCUGCGUCCCGGCCUAA